CAAAACGAAUUCAGCUUCAGUUUUCAACACUACUACUGCUAUCACUUCCCACUUCCUAUGGAAACCUUCUUUAGCUAUGACUUUGAUUUCAACCCAUAUUACGCAUCCGACAAUUCGUCGACGUCCAUCAGCAGCACCCGUUGCACUAUCUCGGAUGAGGAAGUAUACGCCACCGUUGCAACUAGUGGCCCGAAGCGGCGGGCUGGGAGGAAGAAGUUCCAUGAGACGCGGCAUCCCGUCUACAAGGGCGUCAGGCAAAGGAAUAGGGGAAAAUGGGUAUGUGAGGUGCGCGAGCCGAACAAGAAGUCCCGUAUAUGGCUUGGGAUGUUUCAGACCGCUGAGAUGGCAGCUCGGGCCCACGAUGUUGCUGCAAUGGCUCUUAAAGGACGAAGGGCAUGCCUCAAUUUUGCUAAUUCAGCAUGGCGUUUGCGUGUUCCGGCAUCCAGCAGUGCAAAGGACAUACAGAAGGCUGCUGCAGAGGCUGCAGAAGCCUUUCGGCCGUCCGAAUCUUACAAUGCUUCUAACAAUGAUGGUAAUAUAAUGCCGGAGAUUCCAACAGCCUCUACGGAGAAUGUGUCUUACAUGGAUGAGGAGGCGAUCUUCGGCAUGCCAAGAUUGCUAGCUAGCAUGGCAGAGGGAUUGCUGCUUUCUCCACCUACAUUCUUUGGAGGUGGGUACCACUAUGAUGAGGUGGAGAUCGAAGCUGAUGUGUCAUUGUGGAGCUACUCAAUUUGAUGAAGAGUCUUGUUCCCUUGUUGUUAUGGUUUAGGGAUGGGGUCCACAACCUUUUAUUUUUUAAUACCGGGUGGAACCCAAUUAGCCCAGAAGUACGAGCUCUAUCUCUUUCCGUACAAUAUCAUUAUUUUUGGGUGGGCCCAAAUUAGCCCAUCGCAUGUAAGAUAAUGACAUUGUUACACUUCGAAGAAUGAAAAUAA